UGCUGAAGCUCCCAGUCCCGGCUUUUGCAGCGCUGUGGUCGGUGGUCAGCGACUGUCUUCCUCUCCUUCCCCUGAGCCUUUUCCGUGGUGGUGUUCUCUUGUCGCCUCCCGCUCUGCAGAGUCAUGGUGUGCUUCCGCCUCUCCCCGGUACCCGGCUCGGGGCUUGUUCUGCUCUGCCUCGUCCUGGGAGCUGUCUCAUCUUAUGCAUUAGAACUUAAUUUGAUGAAUGCAGAAAACGCUACUUGCCUUUAUGCAAAAUGGCAGAUGAAUUUCACAAUACGCUAUGAGACUGCAAGCAAAAAUUAUAAAACCGUGACCAUUUCAGACUUUGUCAAUGCAACAUACAAUGGAAGCUUCUGUGGGGAUGGUCAGAAUGGUCCCAGAAUUGAGGUGCAAUUUGGAUCUGGUUUCUCCUGGACUGUGAAUUUCACAAAGCAGGUGUCUACUUAUUCAAUUGAAAAUAUCUCAUUUUCCUAUGACACAAGAGAUAGCACAACAUUUCCUGAUGCUAAAGCAAAAGGAGUGUUUCCUGUUCAUGAAUCUGUGGCAUUGAAAAUCCCAUUGGAUGACAUCUUUAGAUGCAGUAGUAUAUUGACCUUAGAAAAGAGUGAUGUUGGCCAGCACUAUUGGGAUGUUCAUGUACAAGCUUUUGUCCAAAAUGACACAGUGAGCACAAAAGAGUUUCUGUGUGAUAAAGAUAAAACUUCAACCACUGUGGUGCCCAUUGUUCCCACCACUUUGCCAUCUCCUACUACAACACCUACUCCAAAGGAAAAACCAGAGGUUGGAUCCUAUUCAGUUAAAAAUGGCAGCAACACUUGUCUUCUGGCUAGGAUGGGGCUGCAGCUGAACCUAACUCAAGAUAAGGUCACUUCAAUUAUUAACAUCAUCCCCAAUACAACGAACUCCACUGGCAGCUGCCAUCCUCAAACUGCUCUACUUAGGCUGAACAGCCACAACAUUAAGUAUCUUGACUUUGUCUUUGCUGUGAAAAAUGAAAACCGAUUCUAUUUGAAGGAAGUGAACGUCAGCAUGUAUUUGGUUAAUGGAUCUGUUUUCAGCUUUGCAAAUAACAAUCUCAGCUACUGGGAUGCCCCCCUGGGAAGUUCUUAUAUGUGCAAUAAAGAGCAGACGGUUUCAGUGUCUGAAGCAUUUCAGAUAAAUACCUUUGAUCUAUGGGUUCAGCCUUUCAGUGUAAUACAAGGAAACUAUUCUACAGCUCAAGACUGCAGUGCAGAUGACGACAACUUCCUUGUGCCCAUAGCGGUGGGAGCAGCAUUGGCAGGAGUACUUAUUCUAGUGUUGCUGGCUUACUUUAUUGGUCUCAAGCGCCAUCACACUGGAUAUGAGCAGUUUUAGAACCUGCAAUUUGAGUGAUUAUAUAAAAACACAUGCACAUAACAAGAUUUUCUUGCCUCUUAAUUUUGAAACACUUCACUCCUUAAGAUUGAUUUGUUGAAACUGAUCAGUGCUUACAUCAAUGCUAGCAUUUGAGAUAAAUCUUUAUUAACACAACACUAUUCUCUUUGAUCAACUUAAAAUAAAAAAUGUCCUUACUGGCCUGAAGACAAACUUGUUAAAAAGAACAUUGGUGUGCAAUGUUUUUAGGUCUAUCUUAAAGAAGCCUUGGCCAAAUUUUGAUCCUAAUCUAAGAUACAUUAAAUUUAUUAACAUGGCCAUUAUAAGAAUAAAAUAUGUAGCUGUCUCUUAAUAGAAUUAAUAAAUACUAUUUCACUCCUGGUGUUCUGUUUCAGUGUAUAAGAACGAUACUGAUUUAAACUCAUCACAGUGCCUUUGCAUAUAGUUUAUUAAAUACUGAUGUGGCAUAAAUGCCCAUCAGAUAUAGGCAAACUUGGUUUUCAGUUGAAUGUCCUCAGGACCACCGCAUUUUUUAGGUUAUGUGACUUUUUGUUGAUUUCUUUGAGUUCAAGUUAAGGAUAAGUCAGGAUCUUAGGCUUGUGAUUUUUUUUCCCCCUAGGUAAAUAAUAGAGCCAAAAGGCCACAGUAGAACCUAACUAGUUUUUUUUAAUCCUCACUCAGGGAUAUGUUUAUUGAUUAGAGACAGACAGACAGACAUUGAUCGCUUGCCUCUCAUAGGUGCCCCAGCUGAGGAUCAAACCCACAAGUUACCUAUGGGAAUCAAACAUACAACCUUUUGGUAUAUGGGAUGACACUCCAACCAAUCUAGCCACCUGGCCAGGGCCACAGUAUUUUCUAAUUAGUUAUUUUAAAAAUUGUUUCUUUUUUUCACCAGUAGAGAUGGAAAAGAUUCAAGCAUAUUUAACCACUUGCCUUUUUUUUUCUUGUGUUAGUCUUUGGGUGCCUGAUUAGCAUUGAAAGAAAUAUUCUAUGAACUAAUUAGGACAGAUUGUGUUGUGUUUCUCUACCUCAUCUUGUUACUCUCUAGAGCAUUAAAAUCUAUUUAGUGUUGUCAUCAGACUGGUACUUAUGAAAUGUAAGCUAACAGCAAUCUCAGAAGGGAUGCAGUGAAGCAUAGCAACUAGGCUGUUACUUUUUCAAGACAGUCCCUGUGAGGCAGAGCACAGACGGGGAAGGGGGGCCAUCGAGAGAAGCCAUUGGCAUUAUUAAAAUGAGCCAGAUAAUCAGCCCCUGUUGAAGCAUAUUCCUUAUUAUAAGUGCAGCACAGAUACUGAAUGUAAGAACAAAUAAGAAGGAAGCUUAAUUAAUAGACUUGAGAAGACUUUCACAUUAGAAUUAUUUUAUUCAUUCUAUGUAUAUAUUAGCUGGUUCAGAAUUUCUGUAACUCACUGAUUAGAGUAUUUUGGUACCCAGCUAUUAGUCUCUGAAAGCUUUCAUUAAAAUAUAAAUUCAACAUAGGCUACCUUAAUAACUGGAACUCAUAUACUCAGAGACAUAGCAACUGUUUUUCUUUUUUUAUGAAUGACAAAAGUGCAAGAGGAUGAAAAGAUAAAAUUAGAGGAAAAUUCAAGUUAUUGCUUAAUCAUAAAUCAUACCAAAUAUCACAUUUUGUUAAUUGAAUUAGACUCAUGCUGGAAAGGACCUUGAAUGUUAUUUACUAACCCUAUAAUUUCACAGAAAGGGAAGUAAUUUCGCUGAAGUUACAUAUCUAGUGGUCAACAAAACCAUUAGCAUUUUGAUAAAAAUUGUCCCAAUGAAAUCUAGUCGCUCAAUAGUAAAACUAAUUUAAACGUGAAAUUAUGAGAUCAAAAUGGAGCACUUUGAGCUUCUGCACUAUUUUCAAUAAAUAAUAACACAUAAUCUCAACUUUAAGUAUUUUUAAAGCACUAAAUAUUAGAUUUCAAUAAUAAUAAUAAUAAUAAUAUGCUGAAACACUCUUAUGUUGAUCUCUGUUUGCUACUUCAAAACCUAAACCUCUUUGAAUGGGAUCACAAACAUGGGAGGAAAACAGAAAGGAAGGAACACUUGUUGAUCACCUGAUGUGUAUCUGAUGCUUUAGAAGUACCAUUGUAUAUAAUCCUCAACUACCUUAUAAUACAGAUAUUACUCCCUUUUGACAGAUGAGGAAAGUGAGGCCCAGUUUAAAUAACUUGACCCCCUAGGGUCCUUUUGUAAUUUAUAGAAUCAAGAUUCAAACUCAGUUCUGACUUAAUCCAGAGCUUAAAAUCUACAUUGCACACCCUGCCUUCCUGGUGGUCCAGUGGAACGGACUGCAAUGUAUGGGAUUCUGCAUGUAUAACCUGAUAGUUACCUAUUGCCUGUGUGAACAAUUUUAUACUGCAUUUUUUUAUCCUAAGUUCGUUUCAACUUAUACUUUAUUACUCAUACAGAAUUCUUAUUUAUAUUUUAAUGAUAAUAGUGGUGAGGGAGAAAGGGAACUGGGAAAUAUUCAGGAAGUGGUCUUAGGAAUAGGUGAUAUAGCUCUUUUCCCCAGUGUAAUUUCACAAACAUAAAAUCUCCCCAUGUUAGGCAAGUGCAAUUCUGUGUUUUAGACCUUUUCCUGUUCUUCCCUUAACUUCUGCUUUUUGUACGGAGGCAUUUGCUGUGAUUUGAGAUGAAUUGAUGAGAACUAUAAGAAGAUUGGUUGCUUAGAAAUAUUUGGGUGGAUAUAGAGAAAAUAAGAGAAAUGGGGCAAUGUUCUAAACAACUAACUUAUGUACACUUUCAAAAUGCUGUUUCUGCUUAAUUGCAUUCCUUACUAAUUUCCUUUCCUUGAUUCUGUCUGUUCUUUUCUAACAGCUGAAGAAUGUUCCGCAGACUCUGACCUCAACUUUCUUAUUCCUGUUGCAGUGGGUGUGGCCUUGGGCUUCCUUAUAAUUGUUGUCUUUAUCUCUUACAUGAUCGGAAGAAGGAAAAGUCGAACUGGGUAUCAGUCUGUGUAGCCAAUUAAAUCUAGCGUUUUUUGGUUUUCAGCCAUCAGAAGUUGUGUUUCCAUUGGCUAAAAGCCAGGAAAUGUUGUGCAAUUGAUUGUUUAAGAUAAGCAGACUAACCUCAGUGAAUUGCUAGCUAACUUGGGCAUGAGUAGCACUUAUUUUGUAAAAAAUGUAUUAGGACCAAUUUCCUUUGUUUUCCUAUUUUUCCUUCCUUUGUUAAAGUGUAAUUGGAAGAAAAAAUGUGGUUUAGAAUGUUUCUUUAGUAAAUAAUAAUUUUAACCCUCUGGAUCUAAUUAUAAUAGCAUUUUUACUGAAGUAUAAUUUUAUAUGUUGCAGUUACUUGUAUUUGGCUACUUUGACAUUAUUUGCAAAAUCAAAAAUGUUAGAGAAUCUAACUUGCUUCAGGAAAUAAAUUCAAGAAAGUAAUGAAUUCAUUUUCAUUGGAGGCAAACACAAAAUUUGGUCUGUAAUAAGACUUCCUUUCUCAACCUCCUGAUCAGGAUUAUUUAAAUCUGUAUUUUUCCGCUAGUUAAAGAAAGAAAGAAAUGUCUUCACAAUACUCUGUUUAAUAGCAAAAGUUUGGCUGUUUUCUUCACUUCUAUAUUUUAACAAAGUUGUCUUUUUCUUUUCCUCCUGGAGUUUGGAAUAUACUGAUUACCCAACUUGACAUUUAAGAUUAAGGAUGUAGUAAGAUCUUUGGCUUUUUAAAGGUGUUGAUACAGAGUGGGUUAUGGUUUUUUUAGGGUUAUGAUUUAGAGUGUUUUUUUUCCCUUAGAGCCUUAACUUGUUCUGAAAGUUAAUUCAUCCUCCACUAAAAACAAAGUUCUAUACUUUGUGCGCCUCCUGCACUCUCCCAUUUCCUAUGUGAAGUCUAAUUGAUAUUUUAAAUGUAUCAACUUCUCAAAGCAGCAAGAGCUAUCUCUAGAGGUUAGUGGACCCUAGGCAUCAACUGCCUAGCCAAAGCUGGACUGGAAUUAUUCUGUAAAUUUGUUGAUCUCAAUAUAGACUUAUAUCCUGGUCAAGACCUCUAGUGGCUCUACUUUUAGAGUUAGGCUGUAGAGACCACUCAUCCCAAUAUCUCUUUGAUUGGCUAGGCUGUUGAAUUGCCCUUCAAUUUGGAAGCACAGUGUUGUAUUUCGCCAGGGGCCAAAUGGCUGCUUUGCACACCUAUUACUAGUAUAAGGCAGAUGUUAAUUUCAUCAAGCUAUUUUAUCUCCAUAUAACUAAAAACAAAAUUUUCCAAAGAUCUGCCUUCACUUCCAAAAUGUCCCAUGGAAUAUUAAAUUGAGCUUAAACCUUAAAUUAGUUUGUUAUUAAAUCUGAGGAUCAAGUCCCCAUCUACCUCUCAGCACUCACCACUGAUGCUCACCACUGUAUUGUUGCCAUUAGCUGAUGCCAGAACUCUUUACCAAUGACUGGAAUUAGAAAAGAAAGAAAAUUUAUCAACAUCUUUCUUUACUACCUUUACCUACUGUGAAUCUCAAAAGCAUAUAUUCCAAACGGGAGUAGAAAGUCAGAUUGCUCAAUUACUUCUCCCUUAGAACACUCUAGUUGUGACACGCAGAUUCAAGCUCUCCCCUACUUGCUAAGUAUAUCAAGAAUGUUUUCUUUUUAAAAUGGCCUCCUGUGAAAACAAUUGCUUAUUUGUUAUUUGGUCAAAAUGAUGGCACCAUAAAGAAUGGUGGCUUCAUUUCAAUAAAUAUUUUUGAGAUGAUUUUCUAGAACCCAGAUUAUUUAAAUCAGAUUGUGACCUGGCUAGGUAUAUGAAUUGGAAAUUCAAAUACAUUCAAAAUUAUAGGUUCAUUUAAAAGUGUUCUACCUUUAAAUGAAGAGUAGGGGACUAAUAUCACUUAAUUCUUUAGUAGGUGUCAUGGCUUUAUCUUAGAUAAUUACAAAAGGUGCAUUUAAUCUUCUUUGAGAACUAAGAUUAAAGAACAAAAUAUUAACAGAGGGUUAAAACAAACACUGCUUCAACUCCAAUUAAAUAUAGGAAGCCCCAAACCUGGGAUCUGAGUGUUCAAUUAGCUUUACUCACUGAGUUCAUUUUUAUGGCAGUACAACAGUGAGUCAGAGAGUAGUAGGACUUUGAGCGUAUAAAUAAUUGUUUUCACUUAAGCUUCUUUGGGAGAACUGAUGCUUGCUGCUAAGUCAAAUUUUGGUUAUAUCAAUUUAAUGAACUAAUACCUGCAAAGUAAAACAUACUGUGGUACUCCUGUUUGAUCUGACAUGUGUGAUUUUUAGAUCAAUGAAUUCUAAAAUAAUAAAGAUCAUAUAAUCCAG